CAACCACCCAACCCCCGACAACCCACCUCUUUAGGGGCUGUUUAUUCGAGGGGGAAGCCCGGGUCCUCUUUGAGUCUGAAAGGUGCGGCCAAGCGUCAUUUGUCAGUCCUUUAGGACUCUAUGGUGUCGGGGGCAUGACUUCUGCUUCCGGGUCAUCGCCUCUUCCCGGAAGAGAACGGGGAAAUAAAAGGUGCUGUUGAUUUUGGGGGUGGUGUAGAAGGUUGUCUCCUGGGUCCGCAUCAUGGGGAAGACGGAUUUCCUCAGCCCCAAGGCCAUCGCCAACCGCAUCAAGUCGAAGGGGCUGCAGAAACUGCGCUGGUACUGCCAGAUGUGCCAGAAGCAGUGCCGGGACGAGAAUGGCUUCAAAUGUCAUUGCAUGUCAGAGUCUCACCAGCGACAGCUGCUGCUUGCUUCCGAAAAUCCCCAGCAAUUCAUGGAUUACUUUUCAGAGGAGUUCCGAAACGAUUUUUUAGAACUUCUCAGAAGGCGAUUUGGAACAAAGAGAGUCCACAAUAAUAUAGUGUAUAAUGAAUAUAUUAGUCACCGGGAACACAUCCAUAUGAAUGCCACCCAGUGGGAGACAUUGACAGAUUUUACCAAGUGGCUUGGACGAGAAGGCUAUUGUAAAGUGGACGAGACACCCAAAGGCUGGUACAUCCAGUAUAUCGACAGAGACCCCGAGACGAUCCGUCGGCAGCAAGAGCAAGAGAAGAAGAAGAAGCAGGACCUUGAUGACGAAGAGAAAACAGCCCGGUUCAUUGAAGAGCAAGUCAGGAGAGGCUUGAUGGGGAAAGAACAGGAGGAGCCAGUCUACACUGAACUAAACAGGGAAAACGAAGAGGAAAAAGGAGUUUUCAGGAGUAAAAUGAAUAUCUUCCUUCUCGAGUUCACCAAUACUCAGCUCUCUUUAUGGCAAAAGGCCCACCGUGAACGUUUUUGCUUUGUGGUCUCUUUCUGCAGCUUGCUUGGGCCCAGCGCCCUGAAGGCAGCAACGCCAGCCCCGGCAGUGAAGCGCAAAGAGGGCCCUGCCAAUCCAGGGCAGUCUAAAGAGAAAAAGAAGAAAUCUGCCCUUGAUGAGAUCAUGGAGUUUGAAGAAGAAAAGAAGAAAUCCACGCCAACAGACUACUGGUUACAGCCUGAAAUUGUGGUCAAAAUCAUAACGAAGAAACUUGGUGAGAGGUACCAUAAAAAGAAGGCAGUCGUGAAGGAGGUGAUUGACAAGUACACAGCCGUGGUCCGAGUGCUCGAUUCUGGCGAUAAACUGAAGCUUGACCAGACGCAUCUGGAGACGGUGAUCCCAGCGCCAGGCAAAAGAGUGCGGGUUUUAAACGGAGGUUACAGAGGGAACGAAGCCACUCUGAUCUGCAUCAACGAGAAGACAUUUUCGGCAACUGUCGUUAUUGAGUCUGGCCCUCUGAAAGGACGUCAAGUGGAAGGGAUUCCGUACGAAGACGUUGCCAAGAUGGCCUGAGGUGCUCAGAAGAGCUGACGGCCUCUGGAACAAGCACCAUUGAAGGAGGUCCCCCAAUUAUGUUCCCCCACUGCACUAGACUCCACUGUGUCGGAGGUCUGAGAUUUGUAUAGUUUUUUUUAAAGCGAGCAGGACUUUUAAAUAUCUGCCUUUGUUAGCUGCCGAGAGACUCUUCCAUAGUGAAACCCUGUGAUUCUGUGUAUUUAAUUUCAUUGUCUGAACUCCACACUCGGAAGCUUUCGAUGCUUCUGGCCCUCCUUGAAAUAUAUUGCCGGCUGCUAAGUCGCUACAUCCUUCCUAA